AAGAACCAAAGCUUGGCUGAGCUGUUGAGCCCACCACCACCGCGAGAACAUACGCCUUCUACGCCCGUGCAAAGGACCAGAAAUCACUUAAACAUCCAGUUGCGCGGCUAAAUUCCAGAAGAAAUCGCCAUGGCCGACGACGAGCACAUCGCCAUCUACGACGAGAUCGAGAUCGAGGACAUGACCUUCGACGAGACGCUCCAAAUCUACCACUACCCGUGCCCGUGCGGCGACCGCUUCGAGAUCGCGCUCUGCGACCUGCUGGACGGCCAGGACAUCGGCGUGUGUCCGAGCUGUAGCUUGAUGAUUCGGGUUAUCUACGACGUGGAGAAUCUGCCAAAGCCGCCAGAGAAUCCUGGCAGCGCGCAGGUUGCUGUUGCUGCUUAAAUGAUCGACUUCGACCAUCGACUCCUACUGCGGAUGAUGGGGGACGGGCUCAGAUGGGGAUGGGCUUAAAUGGCCGAUGCUCCUGGUUGGGCGCUUGCCUCCGUCACACAAUGCAGCUAUCAAUCAUCGACACAGUUCACCCAGUUGGCAACUGGAACAUGGACUCGCCGAUGAGACUUUGAUCACGUCAUCCGAACCUCACCGGUCACGACAGCGGAUGUGUUCAAGAAUCGGUACACAACUCCUCCCAAGACGAUGACAAAAUAUCGCCCUUAUUAACCAACCCGAUUACUACACCACCGCACGCCGAUGGUGCAUCGACAACGACCACCAACACCGCAUUCCCCUGCGCCCCUUCCUCCCUUCAACGCAAUCACUCCCAGCCUCGCUGCCC